AUGCUCUUCAGGCUGCUUCAGUACGAGGGCAUCUGGAGAUCGCUCAGUUACUUAUUCAGAAGGGCGGAUAAUUCUAUAGCAAAGGUAGAGGAUUCUAUAGUAAUACUCUUCAGGCUGUAUCAGAAGGAGGAUAUCUGGAUAUUACUUAGUUACUUAUUCAGAAGGGUACUGAUAUUAAUAUAUAAGAUAGAUCUUAUAAUACUUAUUCAGAAGGGUACUAAUAUUAAUACAGAAGGUAGAGAGUAUAGUAAUACUCUUCAGGCUGCUUUAGCAGGAGAAUAUCUAGAGAUUACUGAGUUACUUAUUCAGAAGGGUAGAGGAUUCUAUAAUAAUACUCUUCAGACUGCUUUAGUAAGAGGGUAUCUGGAGAUUACUCAGAUACUUAUUCAGAAGGGUGCUGAUAUUAAUACGCAAGGUGGAAAGUAUAGUAAUACUCUUCAGGCUGUAUCAGCAGGAGGGCAUCUGGAGAUUGCUGAGAUACUGGUUCAGAACGGCGCUGACAGCUUUGCUCCAAUGCUUAUUUAG